UCCAUUUGCCUGUUUUCCCCCACCCUAACAGUACGAACUUGCCAUAACUGGAUCCCGCGGAAAUGGACCUAUCCUGGUCUGACUACAGAAGCUGCCAAGCGCAUGUCCUGUUCGGCCUCCGGCAGAAGGGGGCCAAUGUGAAGGAUUUCGCUAUGGACUUUUUGAGAUCUGCCAAGUACUCCGGCUUCAACGAGGCAGAGUUAAAGGUAAUUUUCAACAGCUGCCUCGACAAGCCCCUCACUACGGCAGAGCAAAGGACCCUGAAACCCCUGGGCUUCCCGGAUACAGUGGAGUACUUGAUGAACCGUGAAGAGCCAGGGGAUUCUACUGACACACCUCAUCCUGUCCCUUUGCCUUCCAUCCCGGAGGGCUGUGUUGUCGGGGUGAUGACCCAGGAGUUCUCUGCGCCCUCCACAUCGAGUCCGGUAAGCUCCGCCCCGCCAGUCAGCCUUCGGGGUAAAAGAGAGCGAAGAGUGUCCUGGGAAUCUGCAUCGGAAGGGUCUUCUACCGAGCCUAUUGUUCCCACCACACCACCUCCUGCCAUCGCUCUCACUGCACCGCGCCCAAAGAAGAAGAAGAGGAAGAAGGGCUCCUCCGCUCUUCAGCCAGCUGCCACCCCUCAGUCCGCUGAUAAGCAGCAGCCUCUGCCUUCGCCGGUGCAGCCUCAGCCAGGGUCUAUCCAGCCUGUGUCGUCUCCGCAGCCGUCCGCUGCGCUCCCUGUCAUUGAUCCUGUGUCGUCUCUGCAGCCGCCCGCUGCACCCCCCGUCAUUGUCUCUGCCUCGUCUCCGCUGCCGUCUGCAGCGGCUCCUGUGACUAUUCCUGUCUCGCCUCCGCAGCCGUCCGCUGCGCCCCCUGUCACAGUCUCCAUGUCGUCUUCGCUGCCGGACGCAGCGCCCCCUGUCAUUGUCACUGUCUCCAUGUCGUCUCCGCCGCCAGACGCGGCGCCCCCUGUCAUUGUCCCUGCCUCGUCUCCGCUGCCGGCCGCAGCGCCCCCUGUCACUGUUCCUGUUUCCCCUCAGCCUGUAAACCCUGACCUAGUUGUUCCUGCCUUGCCCCAAGCUGUUUCCUCCCCACGGAACCCUGUUAGGCCUGCCCGGCCUCCACGUACCCAACCCUCAGCUACUCCCCGGGGUCAGAAGGCUCGCCCAGUUCCCAGUCCCAUCCCUCCUCCUGUGAACGUUGUUGUUCCCCCGCCCCCCCUCCCUUGUUUGUUGUUCUUGUUGUCCCACCCGAAUCCUCUAGUUGUUCUGUCUUGUCUUCCCUUGUUAGUGUUUGUCAUGUUUUCGUGGGUGCUGUCCAGUGUCCAGUCUGUCUUGUCCUGUGUCUCUCCUUGAGGGCCGCCAGGUGGCGUCCCUUGAGGGGAGGGUCCUGUGAGGACUCUGCCAUAAUCUGGUUUGGUAAUUAUAUCUAGUUGUGUAUGGCAGGGUCCUGACAGUACAAUGUUUUGUGUGGGAGAACGUGGUUUUGAUAUUGUCAUAUCAGACCACGUUUUUCCCAUGUCUUGUGACUUUUCCCCGCUCCCUUGUAUUCUCUUGUCAUUGUGUGUUAUUUUUCCCCCGCUCCCUUGCAUUUUCCAGUCUUUGUUUUUAUGUCUUGUUUAGUCUAGUGUUCUGUUCAUGCAUAUAUAUAUUUAUAUAUAUUUAUAUAUUUAUAUAUGUUUAUAUAUAUAUAAAUAUAUUUAUGGUUUUGUCUUGUUGGUACUGUGGUUGUCUUGUGUUUGUAUGUGUUUUACAGGUUCACGUGUGCUUCCCUCACAGGUGUUCCUGUUCAGUGUGAUUGCCUCCUCUCGUCUUCCUCACCUGUUGCUUGUUAUCCUCUCGUCUGAUCUGUGUAUUUAAUCCCUGUGUGUCUAGUGUGUCUUUGCAAGUUCGUUUGUCAAUAUCAGUUUGUCAAUGUCAGUACUGUGUAUGUA